AUGCGCGUCUCCUCCACCAUCCUCGCCGCUGCAGGCCUCUUGACCUCGGCCAACGCUGCCAUCAAGGGCUUCAACUACGGCGCCAACUUCAACAACAACCAGGCCAAGGUGCAGGCCGACUUUGAAUAUGAAUUCAACGCCGCCAAGCAGCUUCCUGGCACCAAUGGAUGGACCAGCGCCCGUCUGUACACCAUGAUCCAGCACGGCACCCAGACCGACGUCAUUGAAGCCAUCCAGGCUGCUAUCAACACCAAGACCGGUCUCCUCCUCGGCAUGUGGGCCUCCGCCGGUCAGGCCAACUUCAACAACGAGAUUACUGCUCUCAAGGCCGCCAUUGCUCGUUACGGCACUGCCUUCACUGACCUCGUUGAGGGCAUCUCCGUUGGCAGUGAGGAUCUCUACCGUGUCACCCCCACUGGUAUCGAGAACAAGUCCGGCGCCGGUGCUCAGCCCCAGGAGCUCGUCAACUACAUCAAGCAGACCCGUGAUGCCAUCCGCGGCACUGCUCUCCAGGGCAAGCCCAUCGGUCACGUCGACACCUGGACCGUCUACGUCAACGCUACCAACAACCCCGUCAUUGAGGCCGUCGACUUCAUCGGCAUGGACGCCUACCCCUACUUCCAGACCACCAUGAACAACAACGUCGGAUCCGGCAGCCAGCUCUUCUUCGACGCCUACCACCAGACUGUUGCCGCUGCCAAGGGCAAGCCCGUCUGGGUUACCGAGACUGGAUGGCCCGUUAGCGGCGAGACACUCAACCAGGGUAAGCCCAGUGCGGAUAAUGCCCGCAUCUACUGGGAGGACGUUACCUGCCAGCUCGUCAAGGACAACGUCAACCUGUGGUACUACAUCCUCCAGGAUGUCCAGUACGGCAACCCCGUCCCCUCGUUCGGCAUCAAGCCUGCGGGUGACUUGAUGCAGGUGAAGCCUCUGUUCGACCUUUCUUGCCCUGCUGGUUCCGCACCCAGCAACCCGUCCAAGAAGGUCUCCACCGAUGGUACUUGCGGAUCUCAGGGAGGUGCCACUUGCGCUGGCUCGCCAUUCGGUAACUGCUGCUCGCAGUACGGAUGGUGCGGAAACACUGCCGGACACUGCGGUACCGGUUGCCAGAGCGGAUCGGGCACAUGCACUAAGCCCACAAUCGUCACCAUUCCAGUAAUCAGCUUUGAUCGGCCGACUCCAACAGCUCAGAUUUCAGCAUCGCCUUCCGCUUCGUCCACUGGAAUUGGUCUUGAGCUUAUCGAAGGCCUACCGCAACCAACUUUCACCCCUCUCCAAGAACCAUUCGAAUACCCCCAUCAGCUCAUUCCCAUCGAUAAGGCCGACCCUACCAAGGUGAUCGGCAACGGAUACACUGCCCAGCUAUCACCUACCAUAUCAACCGUGUUCGUUUACGAUAUUCGUCCUGAGUUCGCCGGCAAAACUUGCACUUUGGCUUUACACAUGCCCCCGCCCUUCCCCAUACCCGAAACAGCACCCGUUCAAAUUCGUACUCCGGGUGGUAUCAGCGUGUCUCGCCUCGCCAACCAAGUUCCCGACACCGUUUCGAUGCAGAGUGUUGGCAACUCAAGUCUCGUCGGUGUCGUACAACUCAUCGAGCCUGCUCAUCAAUACAACGUCGCUAGCUUUCCUUGCGAAGCCGUUCAACGGGUUGGGUACCAGAUGGAUUCGAUCAAUGGGCUGGACAUGAAUUGGUUCCAGAUGACAUACCCUGCUCUCGGGCUGUUCAUGCUGGUUAGCUAG